AUGAUGGCGAUGAUGAUGACUGGCCGUGUGCUGCUGGUGUGUGCCCUCUGCGUGCUGUGGUGCGGUGCCGGCGGGGUUUAUGCGGGGGGUAUCGACAACAACGCAGUGGGUGAUUGCAUGGCGUCGGAAGUGUUGGGAAGGAAAACAUUGAAUACGCCGAGCGGAUGUGAUAAAGCCGCGCCGAAGCUGCCUUUUCGGUCAGCAUUGCCCAUCACCGCCUUACAGGCUGAUGUUUCUGAAGAAGGAGAAGAGAAAGAUUUAAAUUCAAUUGGACCUUCCGGUACCGGUGACAGCUCUGGAGGAGGUGGUGGUGGUGGAAAAAGUGGAGUUUCUAAUUCGGGGACUCCCGGCUCAGGUGGUGGCAGUCAACUUGGAGAUGAUCCUUCAAAUGCUGCUCCUUCUGGUGGUCCACCCCCACCUCCACCUCCUGAAGGCACUGAAGGUUUAAAGCUCUCCGGAGGUAAGACAUCCACUCCGAGCAGGGAACCCCAAACAACAAUUAAGCAGCCAGGUGGAAUCAAAACGCCUUCAAGCACCACACCGCCCAGCGUGAAGGUAUUGGAGGAGGGACCCAAACCCGAAGCAGGACGCCAAGUUGCUAAUCCACAAGAAAAAUCCAACAGUCAAGUCACUGGUGUGAAUGCCAAUGAAAACAAUAAAGAUAAGCGUGCCAUGAAGGAGGAAAAACCUUCCACCGUUUCUUCAAUUGAGAGCACCCCGCAAGUAAAUUUACCAACGCCACCACAACCAACGCCGGAAGUAUCACCGCCAACAGCAUCACCAGAAGCGAAACUUCCAGCAACAGGAGAAAGCUCACCAACACGAAAUCUCUCACGAGAUCCAACUGAACAAACGAACGACAACUCACAGUCACAAAACGAAACGGCGCCCGAAACACUGAUACAGCCUUCAGGAGAUGCUGAGACACAGCAACAAAAUCAAGAGAGCGACACAUCGAAUCUGUUGGAGAUUACCGAUGACGGCAGCCUUGCGGAAAAAACAUCAUCAUCCAUCUCUAAAAAUGACAGCGACGAUGCCCAGAGUACGGUGGAUGAGAAUAAUGACAAUUCUCAACGACCUAGCCCCAAAGAAACAAGCGACCACAAAGCCGAUAAUAAAAACGUUGCUUCUACACCCAGUGAGAGAGCACAACAAACAGUAAAAACAGCCACCAUAACCCAAAGAAAUGAUACUGCGACGAAUGGCGGCAGUGACAGCAGCACCGCGGUCUCCCACACCACUUCCCCUCUUUCAUUUCUUCUUCUUGUUGUGUGUGCUGCUGCGGCUGCGCUGGUGGCCGCGUGA